AGAUUCGCAUUACGCACCGGACUGAAUAAAAUGGCUGACGCCUUCGACGACGAACCGAUUUCAGACCAAGACAAGGUGAGGAUUGCCUCUAACUUUAUUCUUCAUGCUCCACCAGGGGAAUUCAAUGAAGUUUUUAAUGAUGUAAGAAUUUUAGUAAAUGAAGACACUUUACUCAAAGAGGGUGCUUCAGGUGCUUUUGCCCAAUACAAUAAAGACCAGUUCACACCAUGCAAAAUUGAAGGCUCGGAACACCAGGUACUUAUAACAGAACAUGGAGAUCUAGGAAAUAAUAGAUUUUUAGAUCCACGUUCAAAACAGACUUUCCGUUAUGACCAUUUGCGAAAAGAGGCUCAGGAUGUGCAACCUGCAGAGAUUGACCAAAGAGCUGAACCAUGGCGUCAUGCUAUUGAAACUGCUCUUACUGCCUACAUUACCUCCCACUAUAAAUAUGGUGUUACCACUAUCUAUGGUAACAGCAGGGAUGGAAACAUAACUAUUAUUGCCUGCAUAGAGAGUCAUGCCUUUGAACCUAAGAACUGGUGGAAUGGGAGAUGGAGGGGUCAGUGGUCUGUUACAUUUCCAGAAUCUGGCGGUUCCGCUGAAGUGAGUGGUUUAUUGCGAGUUCAGGUCCAUUAUUACGAAGAUGGAAAUGUGCAGUUAGUCAGUUCUAAAGACAUAAAGCAAAAUAUUAAAGUUCAGAAUGAUGCUGAAACAGCCAAGAAUUUUGUGCACCUAGUUUCUGAAGCUGAAGAGGAAUACCAACGGGCUCUUUCAGAAAACUAUCAGACAAUGUCUGACACAACAUUCAAGGCAUUGCGCCGUCAACUGCCAGUUACUCGGUCCAAAAUAGAUUGGAACAAAAUCUUGGGAUAUAAGAUUGGAGGCGAUUUGAAAAGUAAUAAGGGAGAUCAAUAUGAUUAGUGUAUAUCUAAUGUAAUUUAUAAAAUCUUUUACAAAAUAAGGUAUGCUUUUUUUAAAUGCCUAAUAUAAAAUGCCCUUUUCUUUCUAAAUAUUUGAUAAAGACUACCUGUACAUUGGUAACCAUAUACUGAAUUUCAAAAAACAAAAAAAAAUAUUUUUUAAAUUUUCAUUUCAUUUGUUUAUUGUCCAGAUUUGUGUGGGGUUUUGUGUACUUUUUCUUUUAAGUAUUGGUGUGAAAUGGUAGAAUGUUGCAGCAUGAAGAUUAAAAGUUACAAUUUGACUCGUAAUUUGUUACAGUAAUCUGCAACAAAAAUUUUAGGGAGCCAGCAUUUACUCAUUGUCUUUAGUUUUGUCUUGUUUUUUUUUCUUCCAAGAAAAGUUGCAAUACCUGGGGAGUAGAUUGUUUACAGCGUUUUCUUGUAAACAUUUUGUGUUUAUGCUAUUUCCUUGUUUUAUGUUGGUGGUUUUUAUCUGAGAUAAAUUGUAUAAAAGCAAAUUUGUAAUAUGACUGUUACUUUGUGUAAGUAGGCUUACCUAAUAGAUCAGCAAUUUAAAAUGCUCAUCUGACUUUCAUUUUAGGCAUAGCUUUUCACUUAGAUUGUCACAAAAGUAUUAAAUUUAGUAAACAUUGACAUAGUUAGCACUAAAAUCUUCAACAAAACAGGAUUUUUUUUCAAGAUCUUGGUUUGGGAAUUUGUGUAUGCUCUAUUAAAAUUAUUUAUGAGAACUGUGUCUAAUUAUGUUCUAUGCAAUUUCCAGCAUCUACGUUUUCAAUUAAAGUAAAUCAGGCAUAUAUGAAUUUAGCAGUUAUCUUGUAAGAAGGUUUAGUAUUUUAGCUGAACAGUUUAUCAUCAAAGUUUAUCACUGCUUUGUUUUUAAUUUUGGUAAUUAUAACCAUAACCUCUUUUUAUCCCCUUUCAAUAUCAAUUAAUUUUGAACUGCUGUUUAGAACAAUACCUUUUAAAUAAAAAGUAUUUCAUACAUAUUCGGUUAUUAUAUUAGUCAUUAUAUUAUUAGGAUAUAUCAGCCAGUUUUAGCAAUUAUUUUUUUCUUUGUAUGUUUUCAUAUAUGUAGAGCUUUUCUAGCUUUAUGCAUUAAUGUACAAAAAUCUGUAAAUUGAAAUAUUUUAAUGUUGGCUAGAUAUGUUAGCAGUACCAACAUGACUAAUUUCCUGCUAGCAGAAUUUUAUAUUCAUCUCUUAAAAUCAAGAUUAAAUACUACCUAUUUAAAUAUUUCAACAUUGAAGUGUUUUAAAAUUUUAUUUCCCCAUUCUAUAAGGGCUGGAUUUAUAGAGUAUUGUUACUUGUAUGGUUAUGUAUAGAUGGAAAAAUAGAUAUCCAUUAAAAAUUACACGUACAGCAUGCAUACUUUUUAAAUUAACCAUAUGUUAGAUUUACCUUUUUCUGUUUUCUCAACACUCAACUGCAAAGGGAAACAAGUCCAUGUAAGGGUUUGUUGCUUAAAAUAUUAACAUGUAUUUUUCCUUACGAAUUUAAGUUGUUUUUAAAUAAGGUGAAAAUAUAACAGGUCGUUUAGAAUUCUUGUGGCUGAUGCAGUCUCCAAAUUGUUGAAAGGUGACUGUUGAUCUUUCAAUUAAUGCCUAAUAUAGAUUCAUUUUAGCCUGUUGUAACAAACUUAUUUCACAAAAAUUAUAUACAUGAUUAUUGAGUAUCAUUGCAUAUAUCAUAAAGAGCAUGAUUGAUAAACUGAAAUUCCAAAAGA